GCCCACAAAGCGCUACCUAGCAGCACAGCGUUGAGUACUUGUAGUAUUUGUUGAGAUUCCAAAGCGUUUGGGUGUGUUUUUCCUGCUACGCGUUGUCGCCGUGCUGUCAUCGUCACGACCACUGCAAAGAUUGAAAGUGUAUUGAGUAGAGAAAAAGAGCAAAAAACGAAAAAAAUCGCUGUGUGAAUGUAAAAACACGCUGGCCACUCAAAAAUUGGCAAAUAUUCAAGAAAAUACCACAACAAAAACAAAUCAAGGUGUAGCACAUUCGAAGGGUGGCUGAGUGACGCGCGAAUUGUUGACAUUGAAUUUGUGCCGCAACGCCUUUGGAGCAGAAAAAAAGUAAAAUAAAAAAAUUUCUGAAUUUUAAUUUGAGGCGUUGUGUAAUCGUCACAACAAACGGCUGCUGAACAGACACAAACUGGUUAGCUGCUGGCUGGCUUUUAAUUAGUGAAACGGCUAAAAGUGAAAUAAGAAAAAAAUUCCGGACUACGAACAAGUGGAGAGCAAAUUGUGUUUAACUAGGCAAUAAACACACACACCCACACGUACAUACACUUACAUAUGAUUGUGUAUACAUGAAAAAUUUUAAUCGAGUAAGCGAGUGUGGAAUCGAAGAGAUACAGCGAUAUUGCAGUCAUCGCCCCCCAAACCGCAAACAAGUCCUCCAACACGUCAACUCCAACGCACCAAUACAACAACAAUUUCAGUGAAAAGAAACUGGUCAAUCAAGCAGAUAAUUCUUAGAAGACACUUAAACUGCAAAAAUUGAAACAACAAACAACAACAAAGAGACACAAGUGACAAGAUCUAUAAAAUUAAUGAAAACAACAAUAAAGAAAGUACGACACAACAACAAAAAUGCAAUAACAAUUUUCCAUAACAACAAGAACAAUUUACUACAACAACAACAAAAAUUAGAAAAAUUAUAAUUAUAGCAAGGAAAAGUGGCAACAAAAAUAUAGCACAAAAACAACAAUAACAACAAAAUAACAAGAUAUUAAAAAACCACAAAGUUUACAACAACAAAAUCUAAUAAAAAAUAUUUCAAAUCAAUAACCACAAAAAUCUUGCAAAGCAACAACAACAGAAUUAUUAGAAAAAAGCUUAAAACCGAAAUAUUUCGAAACCACAACAACGCAAAUAUUAAAAAAACCAACAACAACGAAAAAGUGUAUGACAACAACGAAAAUUGUGAACAAAAAAUAACAAAAUUUUACAAAAGAAUAAUUAAAAUUAUUACUAAAACAGCAACAACAACAAAAUUUUACACAAAUAUUUCACAAUAUUACUAAAACAACAGCAAACCCACAACCGCAAACCCUAAACAACUUGAGUACAACCCAGCCUCCAGCAAUAACAAAAACAACAACAACCACGCUCAGCAUAAUAAAUCAACGCAGCAGCACAACAACCAACCGCAACACCACAAAUCCACCACCAUGCAGGCCAUUAAGUGUGUCGUCGUCGGCGAUGGUGCCGUCGGUAAGACUUGCCUCCUCAUCAGUUACACAACAAAUGCCUUUCCAGGCGAAUAUAUCCCUACCGUCUUCGACAAUUACUCGGCCAACGUGAUGGUCGAUGCGAAACCAAUUAAUUUGGGUCUCUGGGAUACGGCCGGCCAAGAGGAUUACGAUCGUUUGCGACCACUCUCCUAUCCACAGACAGAUGUCUUCCUCAUCUGUUUUUCGCUGGUGAAUCCAGCCUCUUUCGAAAAUGUGCGCGCCAAAUGGUAUCCCGAAGUGCGUCAUCACUGCCCCAAUGUACCUAUCAUAUUGGUCGGCACGAAGCUGGAUUUGCGCGACGACAAAGCAACCAUUGAGAAAUUGAAGGAGAAGAAACUGACACCCAUCACAUAUCCGCAGGGUUUGGCAAUGGCCAAGGAGAUUGGUGCUGUUAAGUAUCUGGAAUGUUCGGCGUUGACGCAGAAGGGCUUGAAGACGGUCUUCGAUGAGGCCAUACGUUCGGUGCUGUGUCCGGUGAUGCGAGUCAAGCGUUCGCGCAAAUGUGCGCUGUUGUAAGUGCUGCUAUUGGUGGUGUGUGGACGGACGCAGUGCGGCGAAGAUGUUGCCAACUUUUCAAGUGUAAGAUGUUUUGACAAAUUAGACAAAAUGGCUUUGGUUUUUUGUUUAUUUUUAUUUUUUUUGAAGAUCUAAAGACAAAUUUUGCAUGCAAUGCGUGGUUUUUUUAUCAUUUUUGAAGCAAUGCUGUUUACUUUUAGUACAUACUGUUGUGUCUAUUAUGCUUUAGAAAUAUGUAAUAUGUCUGAUAGAAGCAAAAAGAAAGAAAGAAAAACUGAAACCGUAAAAAAUAAAAACUUAUUUAAGAAAAUGUAAACUCAGCGCAGAAAUUAUUGGAAUUUUUAUUAUUAACUAAUUAAUGCACCGUAUGUGUGUGGUAUAUACGUAUGUAUGUAUAUAUACAUAUACAGUAAAAAAUGUGGAAAAAGUGUUUGUGUAUGCGUGUGUUAGCAGCAAAGCGCAUAUUUUAGAUUUUUCGCAUUUUUAUUUCAACUUUUUCUUUUUAUUUCCAUAAUUUUUUUCUUUGAUUUUUUCUCUCAUAUUAGUUUGUAACUCAAUAAAUAUGAAUGCACAGCGCAGCGCAGAACAACAACUACACAUACCCAAAUACAUACAUACUAUGUAUAACAAAAACAACGACAAAAGCCAGACAAGAGUAAAAACUUACUUAAUUUCAAUUCAACUCCAUAGAGUUUAUCUGAAACAAACCUCAACUCAGUUGGUUUAUGAGUUGCCCACACGCUCAGUGUGAGAUAAAGAGAGAGAGUUUUUACUAUGUGCCAGCCAACAAACUGUAGAGAGUGUGUAAAUUAAAAGUAUGCGAGAGUGUUGUUAUAAAAAAAUUCAAUUUUUUUCAUUAUUUAAAUUAAAUAAUUUUAAAGUAUUCUGGAUUUUUCUAGAUUUCUUGAAAGUUUGUAUACAAACAUUACAGAUUACUGAUGUUGGAAAGAUCAAAAGUAUUUUUAUUUAAAAAAAUAGAGCUUGAUUUCGAAGAAAUGUGUGGGAAGAAGAUUAAGAAUGUGCAUAACUUCGGCUUCCUAGAAAAAUAAUUAAAUAAAAAUGAAAGCAAUUUGUCUUUAUCUUGGAUAUCCCUAUAAACCGCAAUAUUUUUCCGAAAAGCCGUUAAUUGUUUUUAAAGCUAACUCUUUAAAUAUCAGAAAAAAAUUAAGCAUCGGCUAAUGUCAGCAAAACAGCUGUUUACGGAGUCAAUAAAUGCUUAUAUUUUGUACAUCAGUUCUCAAACACUCUAAAACAUAAAAAUAAGUGGAGAAUUACAUAUUAUAUGUGAAUAAUUGUCUUUCAAAUGUAUUUUCCACAGUAUUCUUUUAGCUUUGUAUUAAUGAAAAUCCCAAGCCUUUCUAAGAAACUUUACAUAUGAGAGGGUCAAAUUUUUGCUACAUUUCAAUCACUUAAUUUUUAAAACACAAGCGACCACUUGCCAGCCAAAUUUAUGCACUUAAAAUUUUAAAACCACUAAAAGUACUUAACUGCAGUUCUAAGUGGAUUAAAUAUUUUAAGACAUUUUUGCCUUGACUUCGAAACUUUUAACCCUAAAGUUAGUGACUUAACGUAUUUGCUUUUAAAACGAAUUGAGAGACAAUUAAAAUCAUAAAGUUGUAGACUUUGAAGUUAGAACACAAUUUCUCAUACAUAGAUUUAAAAGCACGCAAGAGAAAGUAGAGGGUAUAGACAAAAAUUGCAGUUACAUAAAGUUGUCUUAUUUCAGAAAAUUCUUGAAUGUUGCAAUUUUUUUUGCUUUUGAUUCUAACACCGUUUUCAAAUCAUUUGACAUAAUUUUGACACUUAAAUAAGAGCAACCGGAUGUUUUGUAGUUGAUUACUCAAUUUUUUUGCUUAAUCAAUUAACAAAGUACUCGAAAUUAUAAGAAUUCAUUAAGGCUAAAAAUAAAGAAUACAAUGCAAUGAUAAGAGACAGUGCUGUUGUACUUAUAUCAAGCUCUAUGGUAUUAUAUAUGUUUGUGCAUAUAUAAAUGGUGUCCCAAAAUAAAAAAGCGAUUUGAAUUUGCCACCAUUUCAAAUAAUCUUCACAGUUGACGAAGUUGUAAUAUUGUUUUAACCAUAUUUUCUAUGAAAUUUUCGAACAUUGGUAGACAAGCUUUUAUUGUUUUUGAAAUGUUGUUCAAUAAUGAAGACACGUUGUUUUAUUAUCCAUUUUCAGUAAGCUUCAACUGUUGCCUAACGAAUUUUUUUGGGUUGUCAACACUUUAUUGCAUAAAUGGCGGCAAAAAAGAAAGAAAGCCUAAAGUAUAUUAGAAAUCAUUAUACACAGCGUUUAUGAAUAAUUAAUAAAGCAGUCCCUGCAAGAUUUUUCAUUAUCAAAGCCUGCGUUAUCGAUUUACUUUGACUUCAUUGCUUCCAUUGGUCAGCUCAGCUCAGGCUUUUAGAGAAAAAAAUGCGAGUUAGUCCAAUUGAUUUUAACCGCUUGAGGUAAUAAAACGACGUCAAGGACUUGUCAAAAUGAAUGUUGUAAUAUUUGAAAAAAAAUUAUUUAAAAAUUAGCUCAAUUAUUUUCUAAAAAAUAGGUUUGUUUCAGAAGGGCUAAUUAUCACUAGCAACCGAAGUUUCUGCUGGAAAAGCGUUCCUUACGCCAAAAAUCUACGAGAAAAGAGCACAAAUAGAAAUCAAAAGAAGUAAACAGAGUUGCUGGUUACUGCUAACGGCCGAUCGCUGGUAUCAAAUGAAGACGCAGCUGUUAAACACGGGUGAUAAUUGACGCAUUUGCUUUGAUUUGGGCAUUAUAAUAGUUUUGAACAGUGAAAAUAAAAAUUCUAUUGAUGUAAUUUCAAACAUUUAUUAAAAACAACAUAUUCAUAUUUUUUCCCGAUUUAUACUGAUUUUCCGUUUCUCUACUUACUCAAUAUUAUGCUCUUCGUAAGCGUAACUUGUCAACUUUCGCAUUUUUUUCUGCUAUCCAGCUACUAGCACUUCUGAAACAAAGCUAAGAUUUCCCGAUCUUCUGCCAGUUUUUCAAGUGCUCAGCACUUAUAAAGUAUUAAGGUCAUUGGAAAAGAGAUAUUUUUAAAGCUACAAGUGUUCAACUUGCAUGUAAUGACUUAUAGUAUUAUACAUAUGUAUGUAUGUACUUUAUGUACAUAUAUAAUUAUAUGUAUAUGCGGAAAUACAAGAAUGUUUGAUUCAUAAAAUACUCAUAGAAGCUUUCAAACAGAUGUUAUAGACAUAGUAAAAAUGUAUAUGUACAUUUAUAGAUAGUUACAUAUGUAUUACAUAUAAAGCACAAAAAUCAAACAACAAUAUUGCUCGAAUUUAGAAGCAAAAUCAGAUCAAGCAUGCGUCACGAAGAACAACACGACCGCGCCUAAGCUUUAAAGAAAUCGAGGAAAAUAAAAGUAGAUACUAUGAAUCUAUGUAUAUAUGUAUGUAUGUUAUAUUAAAUCAAAAAAUAUAUGUAAAUAUAUAUAUACAUACUUAUAUCUACAUUUUUAUAUAAUUAAAGUGAGUGUGUAGACGAUAGCUACAUACAUCAAUGUUAAUGUCACUGACUUAUUGAGUAUACUGCUAAAAGUACAUACCAAUACAUACACGCUACUACAUAUACAUCGAUGCAUAAAAAACAAAGCACACACCUGCGAUGGCUAGUGUCUGAUUUUAAUAAAUUUAUUAAAUAAUAUUUAGACAAACAAAUAUUUUAUGGGUGUAAGUUGCGCGAUAAGAUUUCUUGGCAAAUACAGACAUAUUAAGGGCACCAACAUGUGUAAACAGACACAAA